CGUCGCAAAAGCGCGACGGCAGAAGGAAAAGGCACUGGGGAACGAGUACAAUUCAGGACGACUCACAUAUUCUUAUUGUAUGGCCCCUCUAUCAUCCAUGAUGAAUUCUUUUCAAGGGCCACUCUCCCAAGAAGGAAAACUACAGGAACGCAAAAGUGCGGACAAAGAGGAGUCUCAAAACAACGAUAAAGCGACUGUCAAAGGAUGUAAAGGCAAGGCGCAGAGUCUCCCGUUCAGUGUGGAAUCUUUAAUAUCAGACAGAACAAGCACACGGACUUUAUACACGUCAUCUGAAUCUGGUAUUUUAUCUCCGACAUCCAGUGCAGAUGAGCGGCUGAGGCUCUCGCCCAUGGCUCUUUACGCAGACAGAAAGAUCCCAAUGGAGAGCGUCUCCAACCUAUCCGACUGCAAGAGAGGAGAUAUGGAAGAACUAAAUGACAAGGGACAGUCCGGCUGGUUUCAGACAUCCACGUACGCUUCUCCGCCAAGGCACUCAAGUCCACCUCCGUGUACCCUCAGAAAACAUAAGAACAACCGAAAACCGCGGACACCGUUUACCACCUCGCAACUGCUCGCUUUGGAGAGAAAAUUUCGUCAAAAACAGUAUCUUUCUAUUGCAGAGAGAGCGGAAUUUUCCAAUUCACUCAACCUCACAGAGACUCAAGUUAAAAUCUGGUUUCAAAACAGACGGGCGAAGGCAAAAAGGCUUCAAGAAGCCGAACUAGAGAAACUGAAACUUGCAACCAAGCCAUUACUACCUGCGUUCGCCUUUCCGUUCCCACUCGGAACACACGUUGGUUCUCCACCCCUCUACGGACCGUCCAGUUCCUUUGCUAGACCUGCGUUACCAGUCCCGGGACUUUUCGGUGGGCCAGUGACCUACGGAAUGUACUAUUUGUCUUAACCGACUGAAGAACGUCCUUCAGUUCACCGUCUGCUGCGGUUCUGUCAGUCAAAUGACGAGUGAAAUAGCAAAUAUGUUUUCUUUAAAGAACUUCAGCAAAUAUACCAAUUUAAAAGAAUUUAUUCUUGUGAAAUACAGUUUAUUCCAAAAGUGAGAGUCCCCAAAUUGGCUUUAAAAGUGCAAUGAAUCUUCUUCCCCUGAAUAGGCCUACAGAAGACGUUGUCGUGUAUUGACAGCAGACGUCACAGUGUGUCUGAUUGUAGUCUCAGAGGAAACAAUUUCCAAGAGAUUAUUUCUACUGAGGGCACAGCCGAUUUGGCAAGUGCCACUUGUUGAUCAGCAUCACUUGUUGAUGGGCGAUGCGCGAGAAAACACUGCGAUCAGAGAUUUGAAGUGUGGUUUCCGCCAGAUCCAAAGCUCUUAUUAAAGAAAUCCCCUUAUAAUUCGUUUUUUUAUUUUUAUUUUUAUUUUAUUUCUAACUUAAAGAGCUUGUUGCGAUUGACAGCAGAAACGCCUAUGCUAAAAGAAGUAAUAAUUAAAAAUGUCUUUUGACAUAAAAAUGACAUAAAUGACAUUACCCAUUACCAAGCCUAUUCCUGCAGACAAAUUAUUUGGUCUAAACGGAUUGUCAAUUUGAGCCCACUUUUUUAAUGAAUACAUGUGUUUUCACGCAAACCAAAUAUUUUGUAGCAUAUUACAAAGAUUGUAGGCUACCAAGAUAGCUACAAAUUUACGAAAUCUGUCAAUAGUUCCGCUACACUUCUUUGUUUCCCCCCCAUUAAUUUGACUGACUACUCGGUUUUAUGUUCACAUGCUUGUUAUUCUGUUGGUCUUUAUUGAAGAGAAAUGCGGAGACAAACACAGAAUCGUCCAUUAUGCCAUCAUUUUACUGAACUUUUCCUACCAAACGUUUUUACAUGCCGUUAGAUACAGAGUAUUUUGGCCUGUUUAUUGAUUUUUCGCCAGUUUAGGCAUAAUCCCUUCAGUAGACUACAUGUAUGCUAGUUUGCUAGGUGGUAAGAUUAAUGUCUAGAUUUUUAUUAUUGUAAAUACGCGUAUAUUACCGAUUUUGCAUUGCCCUUUUGAAGAAAAUACAAAUAGAAUUUCUGAUAUUUAUACAGUAUUUACAUUUAUCUUCUGUAAAUUAUUGUAUAUUUUAUAUGUAUAUACAAAUUAGAAAAAAUAAUCUUUUGAAUAAAAAAUAAAUCU